AACGAUUUCCUUAAAUGAAACAUCACAGCUAUGAAUAUGUUGAAAGUUAGAAAGCCUUCAGGUUCAACCCUAUAAGAGAAAAUUCCUUAUAAAGAUUGGAAGAAUUUUUUAGUGCUUAUCAAAAGAUUCAAAAUGUGGUGAGUUUGAAGUACAAUGUAAUUUUAAAUAGAUAGAUUACCAAUUGGUUAUCAUUUCAGAGUAGCAAAAAUUAGUAAUAUUGAAAUGAGAGGAAAUGAGUUGUUUGUUAAAUUUUAUUACGAUGGACUUUAUGGCAAUAAAUUGCAAAUAACUUAUGGUCAAUAAUAAUUUGCUCGUUUUCUGGUCUCAGAAGACAAGUAUAUAGAUAAAAGCAAAAUAGAUGUGCUUGGAAUCAAAUCAGUCUUUCAAUCUUUAAUUGAAACUUUCCAUUGGUCAGCCAACUUUGGGUAUCAUUUAAAUUAAAAUAAGGUUGUUCUUGGAUCCACAAAUUGAAAAUCUACUUUAUAAAGAAACUGAGACCGAUUUUUAUGUAUACAUUCCUAGUUUCACUUACAUAGCUUAAAGUUUAGCUGACCAAAAGGAAAAAGAACCAUCAUUAAAAGUAUUUGAUGAGUUUAGAAACUAGGCAUAUUAAAACUUAGUAAUAUUUUUUUUUAAAGUUCUUUAGACAUUUAUCUUUUUGCUGCGCUUGCUUAAUUGGUUUUUUGAUUUAAUCAAAUAAUAAGAUGAGGAUAUCAAUUUAUAUAAGAAAAUUAGGGAAAAAUUUACUUUCAAUUAAUCCUUGGAAUCAAUCGAUCCGCUGUCACUCACUGAAUCAUGUUAUGGAGUGGAUUUUCUCUAUGCUGAAGAUUUAGUUAAGAAAAAAAUGAUUAGGUAUGGUUUGAAGCAAACCUAAUUCUUGUAUUAGUUAAAUUAAAAUGAAAUUUUAAGAACUAUGAUAUUGAAAUUUCUGGAAAAUGAACUUCUGUUAAUACCAAUCAGAAAUAAGCCACUCUAAGAUGAAUCAACAGAAAUAUCUGAAUUUAAGAUAUAAAUGGAGGAACCGCAACUAAUUUCUACAAGGUACAAGUUAACUCAAAAUACUUUGAAAUUCUUUAAUGAUUUAAAAGCCAUCAAACCAAUUUAAGGAAUUAGCUUAGAUAUCUAUACACCAUUUUUAAGUGCUUUAGCAAAAAAAUUAAACGGAGUUUAAAUUGCAGUUAGGAGAAAUUGGAAAAAAAUCACCACUAAACAUGAAUUAGACGUUCUACACAACUAAAAAGGGUAGGAAUAGAAUUAAUAAUAAAAUUAAAAUUCAUAAAUUAGAACUGCAGCUUCUUUAUAAAUUCAAGAUUAGUAAUCUAAAUCUGUACCUAACUAAUAAGGUCACGAUUAGUAAAUUAGAACUGCACCAAAUUCAUCAAAUUAAGAUUAGAACAACUCUGAAAUAUUUGAAAUAAAGUGGGCUUCUUGGAUUAACCCACAAAAUCUGAUAUACAUGGCGAUAACUUAAUCAGGUGUGUUAACGGAAAAGGAUGUAAAGAAAUUUAUAAUAUAAUACAAAAUUGAAUUGUUAGAAGAAAAGAAUUGCUAUUUGGUUAAAACCAGUAUUCCAGAAGUCGUUUUUAACAUUGAUACUGCUGAUGACAUUGCCUAUUUUGUUAAUUCGAUACAAAAAGAAAGAAUGCCAACAAAUGUGUACGUUGAUGACACGAGAAAAUUGACAUUUUACACAGCAUUAGUUUUAGUAAAAAUAUGUAUUAUCAUAAGGGGAGCUAAGGACCUAUUUUAUGGGAAAUCUUAAAAAUCAUGGAUAUUCAUUAAAUCUAUUUUUAUCACUGUUUGGAUUUCUAUGCCAAAAAUAUCAGUUCAGGGAAAUAAAUUAAAGAUGCAAAAUACAGUAAUUUCUUAUUAGAGUUGAAAAAUCUCAUUAAAGAUUAUGAAUAUGAUUUAAAACAAAUUUAUCCUAAGCUAAAAAGCAACUCAUAAGACAGAGAAGGAUUUUGAAGUAGGCUUUUAAAUUUAAAUGCAAC